AACUCAAUUAAAUUAAAUCCAAAAAAGAAUCAAAUUCAAAAACUAGCUUUCUUUGGUAAAAGUUAGUUAAGGUAGUUGAGUAUCAAAAGUCAAAUUCAAAACCAACUUCAAGAAAUUACCUUAAUACCCGUUUCUCUCCACUAUAUAUCAUGUACACAUCACAACCGGACAUAAACAACAUAACCAUUUAAUUUAUACAAAACCCAAAAGAAUACAAUAUUUGAUCAAUUUACCAAAAUUCUCUUAAACCCCUAAAGUCUAAACACAAAAAUGAACUCCAAUAUUUUCUUAAUCUCAGCAGCCUUAAUCUUCUCCCUACUAUCAAAUUCUCCAAUAUCGAUUCUUGCUCAAAUCAAUACUCCAUGUUCACCAACCAUGCUCUCUAGCGUUACAGGGUGCAUGAGUUUUCUAACGGGAGGUGGUAGUUCUCCGACCUCUGAUUGUUGUGGGGCUCUUAAAUCCUUAACCGGAACCGGUAUGGACUGUUUGUGUCUGAUAGUAACCGCAAGUGUUCCAAUCAAUAUUCCUAUAAACCGAACUCUAGCCAUAUCUCUUCCUCGUGCAUGUGGCAUGCCCGGUGUCCCCGUUCAAUGCAAAGCUUCUGCAGCACCUCUUCCUGCCCCAGGUCCUGCGUCUUUCGGUCCGACCACUUCUCCUACAGAUUCACAAACUUCGGAUCCUGAAGGGUCUGCUUCUUUCGGUCCACCUACUUCUCCGACAACUUCGCAAAAUCCUAAUGACCAGGAUUACAGCGGAUCGGGCAACGGAGGAGACACAAUGGGGUUUGGUCCACCACCUCCUUCAGCCUCGUCUUCCUCUUCGCACUCUCUCAAGCUUUCACGUCUUCUAUUUGCUUUCGUUUUAAUGAUUAUCAAAUUCAUCUAAUUAAUUAUAGAGCAAUUCCAUAGAAUAUAAGAUGUACGAUCUUUACACUUUCAUAUUUUACCUGAUUCUGGUUAAAAUAAUGUUUUAAAGUUUUGUUGUAUUUGAUGUACCUGUAUUUGAUAGCCCUAUUAAAUAUUAAUAAAACAGUUUCCA